UGGCCGGGAAGAGCCCGUCUCCGAGCUGCGGCGCGCAGCACACGUGGUGGGUCGCCUGUAAACGCUUGUUUCUCGCUGCGGGCGGCGACCGCCUGUCCCUGCCGUUUUAGGCUGGAGAUGAGUCGGAAUACCAACAGCAACGAAGACGACGGCGUUUUCUUUCUUGAUGAAGUGCUGAAGAAGCUAUAUGAGUUUGAAAAUGGAGCCGCUUCAGGAAACAAGAUCAAGUCUCAGAAGAAGAAAAAACGUAAGCGAUGUCAGGAGGAGGAAGAACUAGUCACUGCUGAAGAUGUCUGCGGUAAUAGUAAAGAGCCCAGAGCAGAGCGUGGUGAUAGUAGGCACCACCAGGAAAACGCCAAGACAGUCAGCCCUGCUGCCAAACAAACCAGUCCUCCCAUUCAACCCAAACCCCAGGUUGAGGUGGUCGUAUUUCAGGACCCCACCAAAAUGAACAGAAUCAAGCAGGCACCAGCUUCUGACGUAAAUAGCGUAGGCCUACAUUCGCCCCUUCAGCUAAAGGCAAAAGGAAAGGCAAACACAGAGCAUCCUGAAGACUUCACCUUGGAAAAGGCUCGCCUGGAGGUCCAUCGGUUUGGAAUCACCGGUUACAAGAAGGAGCAGCAGCGUGUAUUUGAACAAGACAGGGCAAUCAUGCUGGGAGCCAAUGCCCCGAAGAAGGAGUAUGUCAACUACCGGGUUCUACAACAGACGAUCAAAGAGAAGAAAGAUAAAGUUAAGGUGGAGGUUGAACCGGAUCUGAAGAACAAGAAGAAACAAAGUAAACCAAGGGCCAAGAAGAAGGCAUCGUCUGGGUCGGGCUCCACGUCUUCAGCUCAGAUGGGGCGCUUCAAGGACGGCAUGCUCAUCCUCAGCUCGAAGGAGAUCCAGAAAAUCAAACGUUCUCGCAAAUAAGUCUGGUGUUCAGCUCAGACAACAACAGACCGGAGGCAAGGCAGAAGGUGGAAAAAAUAAAUGAAAUGUCCGAGACUUAAAUACUGCAAUGUAUCCAGACGUCCUGUAGAAGAACUGGACAGGAAUACUGAAGAUUAGCACUAGAACGACUAAGGCGGUCGUUUUGGCCGUGUUGGAUUUUCAAAGUUUAAUAACUUUGUGAAGCAAAAAAAAAAAAAGAUACAGACCUGCCGCUCCCUGAAUGCUCCUAAAAUUGCAUAUAUUUGCAUUAAAAUUAGUUAUGGAUCAAUUGCACGAAAAAAGUUAUAAGAUCUAGCUAAAACGACCAUGAGCGGUCAUUUUCACCGCUCGUAAUUUGCACGUGAUUGUGCGCGUCAUGUCAGUAUUUAUGACGUGUGUUGGUGGCGUCAUUUCCUUCGUGAAGUUCAUUAGUCUGUUCUGGAAACACACUAGCGUCCUCCAGUGCAGAGAAAUAGUCUAAACUUGAUUGCCAACAUGUCUGGUUACAGACGCACCAUGACUACCACCGAGGCGUUGCAGUAUUUACAGGCGUUGGACAGCGGCCAUUUUAAAUUGUUUGAAAAACAGUAUUAUAGUUGUUUAAAUGUUAAUUUUGGUGUCAGUUUCAUAACAGACAUACUAACAUAUGUAAUGCAUUAAUAUCUCAGUUGGGUAUUUAUCUUGACAGAAUAUAGAGUUUAAAACCCAGUGGUCAUUUUGACUGCCCAUGGUCGUUUUAGGUAGGAGUGAAAUCCCGGUCGUUCUAGUGUGAAGUGGGCACUACACUAUUACUACACCUGUGCAGCCAAACGUUUCUCAGUGAAAUGUGGAGGUUGUGAAUGACUGCUAAGAUCAACUUUUUUUUUUUAAUUAUUAUUAUUAUUCUCCAAAAUGGAGUCCUGACUCCACAGGUAACACUUCCAACACCAAAUCAACAGACAGUCAAAUCUUGUACCAUCAAAUGUUUUUUUAUUUUACAAAGGAACAGAAAAUACAACUGAUUUUUUUUUUUCUUUCGCCAUGUGAGGUUCAGAAAAUGAUGCAGAAAGUGUUUUUGUUAUAUACAAACAAACCACAGCCGUACAAAGCUUGUACAUCUGGCAGUGGAAGGGACGACGGCGACUGUAGAAACUGAACAGGAUGCAGACGAAUUGGUCCUGACCGUUGCACAACGUGACGCAAGACUUGUUAUGGCGGUACACACACACACAUUCAUGAGGAAAGACGGCAGCUCACCAGAGGAUAUCAAAGCUGGUGCACUUCUGCACGUACCGCCCGUGUCAUUGUUCACUCGCUUUAUUUUGAGUUGUGUCUCAGGCGUGAACAUGACAGACACAAAGCGAGGCGGUCUUACGGCGGUGUUCUCUGGGGGGAGCGGACUAAGAGGAUUUGAUGUGGGAAAUAAAGGAACAUAAUUUGGCAGUGUGAAGCUGCAUUAAGGUCGCAAUUCUCACAGUGUGUCCUCCCGAGACGGUCUUCAUACACGCGGAGGAAAAACUAAACAGAAGUGUACUAAGUGGUUAUGUAAGAUGGAUUUUAUAUAACGUAAGGUGAUUAUUCAGUUUUAGGAAUAAUCGUUAAGCUGUUUGACGCAAUCCAUGAGUGGCGUUUGACCUUUGCACUAUGAAUAAGUGAGAACAUGUAACGAACAAAUAAAAACAAUU